CAGUAAUGGGCGGCGCCCUGAACGCUCCUGGCUCGCUGAGUGAGUGGGAGAGUGUUAGUGCGCGCGUGUGAAGCAGACUGCAGUCAUGUCGGUGUGCUCGGAAUCCGGCUUCUCCAGCGAGGAGGUGCUCAGUCUGCGUUUCCCUUUACACCGCGCCUGCCGAGAUGGAGACUUGCGCUGCCUCCGCUCACUACUGCAGGGACCACCGGGAAACACCGCGCUGCAGCUCGGCAAGGAGGACUCCUGCUACGGCUGGACCCCCAUACAUUGGGCCGCGCACUUCGGCAAGCUGGACUGUCUUAUUCAGCUGGUUGGAGCCGGAUGUUCAGUGAAUGCCUCUACAACCCGGUUUGCACAAACACCAGCUCAUAUUGCGGCUUUCGGAGGGCAUCCCCAGUGUUUGAUGUGGUUGAUUCAAGCUGGUGCCCAAAUAAACAAACAGGAUUAUGUUGGUGAAACCCCUGUUCAUAAAGCAGCAAGGGCUGGUAGCAUGGACUGCCUAAAGGCCCUAAUAUCCAAUGGAGCGCAAAUAGACAUCAGGAAUGCCAGUGCUUUGACUGCUGCCGACCUUGCACACUCACAAGGGUUCAGAGAUUGUGCCCAGUUCCUCCUAAACUUCCAGAACAGUCAGCUCAACGGUUUCUAUUGUGGCAGCACCUUAAAUGGUGUUCACGAGAGCACCCCAUCUAAUCACCUCAAUGGGAUUGCUAAUCGCAAAAGGUCCUUCAAUGACUUUGAGGCUUCAACUGUCAAGAAACCUAGAACAGAAGUGAAUGGGUUUGUAGCUGCUAAUUUUGAGUUCAGGACUGGAGGCUUGGAGGAAGAUGAUGAGAGCAUGCACGUUGAAACUCACUCAGCGGACAUAACAGAUGUCAACAGUAGCGCACUCUUCAGCACACUUACAAAUGGACAAGCAACCAAUGGGGACACAGCAAAUCUCUGCAAAACUGAAACUAGCCUAGACAAAUUCCUUUCUUCUCCCAAUGGAUUCAGCAGUGUGACUGUAACAAAUGGCAACAGACAACACCUUGACGAACAUGGUAAUCUCACCGAGAACAACGACCAGUUUGUGAAUUCUUCAAUGUGUGGUUCUUUGCAUGCAAAUGGUAGUCCUAGCAGUUGGGUUUCUCAAAGACCAGCCUGGGCUAAUGGUCUGGGGGACAGCUUACAUUAUGGACAUUACCAUGGAUUUGGGGACACUGCUGAAAGCUUGCCUGAUGUCAGCAGCGUAGAAGAACAUUCCAAUAGUGUCAGAGUUGAGUAUAAAUACAACAGCACAUUUAUAAGCACACUCCAUCAGUACCAAGGAGUCUAAGAAACAAUACACACUUAAACUGUUAAACUUUUGUUUUAAAGAAACAUUUCAGUUCUUAUUCCUAAAAACUACAGAAUUCCCUUAAAAUGUAGUUGUUUCGCUAUGACAUUAAGUUGCACCUUGUAAAUUACAGUUCAAAGAAUGAUUCCAUAAUGCAAGUUAUUUUCUCUUGGUAGCAGAUUAGAUAUUUUGCCUCAAAGUAAUUCUGGACAAAAAGUGCAGUCCAGAACAAGAUUGGCAACUCAUUGAUAAGAGUAUUUUGUUUGAAUACGACUUUUGUUUUUUUAAUGCUAUGGAGGUGUUGAUUUAAAAAAAAAAAAAGUGAUAUUCCCAUAAAUAUUUUUGUAGAAACUUGUUUUUCUAAUUUUACAUUUUUCUCUACCAUAGUCACUUGCAUUAGUUCAGCUUUUCCAUGUUGUAUGCACAGUUUUCAUACAUCAUGGGCACCUGCAUUUCAUUCUUUUUUUGAGAUGGUAAUUAAGGCAAAUGAGAAUAUAUAUAAAUAUUUGGGGUUUUUUGGUGGAGGUUGCUGGUUAGCUUCCUAAAGUAAGAUUCAUUUUUUGUUUUGAAAACAUGUAAAUUUAUAAAGACACACCAUGUAAGUAAACUUCACUUGGUUGUUUAAGAUCGGAAUGGGUAUUUCCUUUUUUAUUGUAAUCUUGCAAGCAUAGGUAAAUAGGCUUCCAUUUAGAAUAUCCACCCCAUUCUAGAUAUAAUGGUUUUGUUCUUGGCAGUAACAUUGUACUUGCUAUAAACAUCCUCAUUUAAUGUUCCAUUUUCUUUACUCCUUUUUGAUGUGGUAGUUGUUUUGCUGCCUUUCACUCGUAUAGUGUAGAUUUUCUAAUACAGCGAUUUGUCUUUUUGUAUAAAUCUUGUUUAUGCUUUUUUUUUUUUUUUUGUAUGUAUGUUCAUAGUGCUAUUUUGCAACUGACUGCCCACAUAUUCAGUCAGGAUUUACUUUUGCACAUCAUUGACAAAAAUAGUUUAUAUAUAGUUUUCCUAAACAAUUUAAAAAUCAAACUUUUGCUAUCUGAUGAUUUUUGUAAAUUUUUCAGAAAAGAAAAAAAAGCUUUAACCUAAUGUGUAUACACCAUUCUACUGCAUUUAUGUUUUUUCUUGGAACAGCUUGUCACAAGUGCUUUCUUUUUGUAGAACAUUGGCAUAAUCAUUUCUGUAAUAUAAAUUGUUCAGGCUUUUUUUUCUUGUAUUUUGCAAAUGGAAAGCAGGACCCUAAUAUUUUGAAUAAAAUACUAGUUAUUGCACCAGC